AUGGGUAGGCCAAAUAGGGAAAGGCUAAACGAGGCGACAGGGUCUUCGAGGGGAAGUGCAGAUUUGGAUGUGCAGAGGCCAUCGGUUUUAGCGGAGAGUUCAGGAUUGGUGACUAACCUGUGCUCGACGGAGGAGGCAACAGCCAAUCCGAUGCCUACUAAGCAUACGGUUUUGUUAUCAACCGCGGUGGUCGAUAUUCUAAAUUGUCAGGUUGGAGGUCAAACAGCUAGAUUUAUUUUGGAUAGCGGAAGUCAAGCGAACCUGUUAACGACUAGGUGUUGCAAAAAUUUGGGUAUUAAAAUUUCGAAAUGUUAUUCCUCGGUGCAGGGAUUAGGUAAGGUGUCGGAACCGGUGUUAAUAGUCGAAAAAAUUACGGAUAAACUUCCUAGGCUUCAAGUUGAUACCGACGGCUGUUCUCAUUUGAGAGAUAUUCCGUUGGCUGAUGAUUUAUUUUACCAAUCUCGAGAAGUGGAUGGGAUUCUAGGGGCGGAAACAUUUUCUUGUUUAAUUGGUUCUGGUAGAGUAUUGGGUACAGCCGGAAAACCAAUUGCUCUUCAAACUACUUUGGGGUAUGUUGUAAUGGGAAAGGUGCCGGUAGCUCCAGUACAAACGGAUAUCCAGGCUUGUUUUACUGUAUCCAAUGAGUCCUCACUGGAACAGUUAAUGAAAAAAUUUUGGGAAGUCGAAGAAGUUCCACAAAAGGCAAUUCCUAAACCGGAGGAAGUUGAGUGUGAUAAACUUUAUAGGUGCACAAAGGCUAGAGAUGAAGAGGGAGAUUCUAAAAGCAUGGCUCAGUGUCGUUUAUUAUCAUUGGAGAGAAGAUUAUCUAAGGUUCCGGAACUUCGAUUGGAAUACAAUAGGGUGAUGCAGGAUUAUAUCGAUCAAGGUCAUAUGCGAUUGGUUCAGGAGAUUAACGAGGGUCAGUCAUCCUAUUUUAUUCCUCACCACGCGGUAUUUAAACCCGAAAGUAUUAGUACUCCGCGGGCCAAAGCUACAGGCAGAUAUAUUUACAAUGUUAAUUAA